ACGGCGGCGCGCCAAAGCCUGUUUAUUUCCCCCUCCACUGGCGUCUUUGUGCGAGUCGGAUGCUCGUUCGUUGAAUCAAACCGACUCCCGACCCGACCGACACCGACACAUCCACAAACAGUAGAGGCGCAGUUUUCGUCUAGGAGACAACACGUGAAGGUUCAAGAUGAAGGUUUUUAUAGUUCUGGCGACAGUUCUUGCUUCGGCAUGUGCCAUUUCCUUUUUCGAUUUAGUUCUGGAGGAAUGGGGUACUUACAAGCUGGCUCAUGGCAAGAGUUAUGAAAACGAUGUUGAGGAAAAGUUCAGGAUGAAAAUCUUCAUGGAAAAUAAGCACAAAAUUGCUAAGCACAAUGCCAAAUAUGCCCGUGGUGAGGUCACGUUUAAAAUGGGUCUGAACAAGUAUGCUGACAUGCUUCAUCAUGAGUUCGCCCACACUGUGAACGGAUUUAACCGUUCUGCUAGGCUAGGAAUGGUUCAGGGAGUUCAGGAGAGAAUUGGAUCAACUUUCAUCCGUCCUGCCAAUGUGGAGAUUCCCAAGCAAGCUGACUGGAGGGAGAAGGGAGCAGUUACCCCAGUCAAGGACCAAGGUCACUGUGGCUCAUGCUGGUCAUUCAGUGCUACUGGAGCUGUUGAAGGACAACAUUUCCGCAAGACUGGAGUUUUGGUUUCCCUCAGCGAACAAAACUUGGUGGAUUGCUCAGGAAAGUACGGUAACCAAGGUUGCAAUGGUGGUUUGAUGGACAAUGCCUUUGCUUACAUUCGUGACAAUCAUGGCAUUGACACAGAGCAGGCCUAUCCUUAUGAGGGUGAAGAUGAUAAGUGCCGUUACAACCCCAAGAAGUCUGGAGCCACCGACACUGGAAUGGUUGAUAUCAAGCCCGAUGAAGAGCACCUCAAGGAGGCUGUUGCCACCGUCGGCCCAGUGUCUGUCGCCAUCGAUGCUAGUCACGAAAGCUUCCAGUUCUACAAAGAGGGAGUUUACUACGAGCCUGAGUGCUCAAGCGAAUCCUUGGACCAUGGAGUGCUUGUCGUUGGUUACGGCACUGAUGAGGAUGGUUCGGACUACUGGGUUGUGAAGAAUUCAUGGGGUACAUCCUGGGGACAAGAUGGCUUCAUCAAGAUGGCAAGGAACCGUGACAACCACUGUGGUAUUGCAUCCUCUGCCAGCUAUCCUCUUGUCUGAAUCUCAAUUUAGCAACCAAGACAUUGAUCAAAGUGCUGUGAUUUCUGCCAAUGAAGGAGUGGUAGUUAACUUUGUGGCUAUUGAAAGCUGGAGUCGGUGAAUUCAUCUCAUGCAUGUACCUGAUGUGUUUAUUGGAUAAAUGUUUGCAAUUGUUGGAUUGAGAACAUUGCAUCUCAGGAACCGCCUUUUCAGCCACUAACACUGUACUGUAUCAUUCCUUCUUGGAAUUAAUAGCUUUACCUCUAAUUUUUAAGCAAUGAUCAAAUGCUGUGUAACUUUAGUUUUUUUUUUUUUUCAUUUUGUAUAAGAACUGCAAGCCUUUCUUUCACUUCCUGUCCUAGUUGUCACUUUAGUGAAUGUCUGUAAAAAAAAAUGUUAAAUUAAAUCUGAUCAUCACCAUUUUUUAA